GAAUUCCUUAUGAUGAAGUUUUUGUUCAAUCCAAAAUUUUUCGUAUGGCUGCAGCAGCCUAUGGAUCCUUUGACAAUUUUGCUACAUGUCUACAAACAUUAACUGGAAGUUAUAGUGUAUUUUUUAACAUCCAAAUACCUUGUCUAACCAAUGAAAAUUGUACUGGCUUUAUGGCUUUGUCUUUGGAGGAUAAGGCAUUGAUUCUAUCUUUUGGAACCUCACAAUAUGCAUAUAAACAAUUAUUAAACGAUUCUGGAGAAUACAUUUUUAAUGAAAGGCGAAGAUCUCCAUUAGGUUUUGGAAGCGGAAUGGUGAAUCUUUUUAAAUAA